AUGCAUACUUCAAGUCUUUUGUCGGUAGUUGCGCUGGCUGCUACGGCUCUGGGUGCGCCUAGCAGCCAUGUUGAGAAGCGUGCGCAAACAGUAUACCUCGCAGGAGAUUCGACGAUGGCGAGGGCAAGUGGAGUCACUACAGGCUGGGGUGUCUUCUUCCCAUACUCUGUCUCUCUCCCAGUCGUCAAUAAAGCCAUCGGUGGCCGCAGCUCCCGUUCCUACACCGUAGAGGGCCGCUUCGACGAGAUCGUCAAUCUCGUAAAGCCAAACGAUAUCGUCAUCAUGGAAUUCGGUCACAAUGACGGCGGUGGCCUCGGUAGCGGCGACAACGGACGUUCGGUCUGCCCUGGUACUGGCUCUGAGACAUGCCAGUCAACAUACAACGGUCAAGCAGUUACCGUACACACAUACAACUACUACCUUACUGAGGCCGGCAAGAAGCUCAUUGCCAAGGGCGCCAAGGUCAUCGUCAGCAGUCAAACACCAAACAACCCUUGGGAGAGCGGUAGCUUUGUCUACACCGAUGGUGGAAGGUUCGUCGGUUACGCACGGGACGUAGCUAAGGCGUUGGGAAGCAAUGCCAUGUAUGUUGAUCACGGAGCGUACACUGCGGAUAUUUUCAAGACUAUGGGCAAAGCACAGACCGAUGCGAUUUUCCCGCAAGAUCACACCCACACUAGCCCGGCUGGUGCAGAUAUCGUUGCAAAGGCCUUUGUCAAGGGUCUGCAGUGUGGCGGUGGCGGUUUCCUGCAGGGAUUCGUCAAGAACGCGACAGCAAGCAUUCCAGGCAAGUGCUUGUAG